GUAAAAUCCUCCGUGGAAGCUCGCGUCUCUUUAUACUUUUUCAACUAUACUGGAAAACUACUGGAAGUAAAUCGUUUCUUCGGAGCGCAACAGGAAACGAUGUAACUGAAACAUGAAAGCUCAGAAGUGUUGCGUCCACUGUCCGGGAAUAGUCGUUCCACCCGGUAGCAACGAGUCGCACGAAUGUUGCCAGCCCAAGUACGUUUCGGGGAACAUGAGAAUAUCGUCUUUGACGAAACACGUGCCAGAAUGUCCGGAGAGGAGGUCGGUCAAGGAGGAUUCGCCGGAACCGUUGCCAGAGAGUCGAACCUCCUGUUACGACCAGUUCGCCUUCGCGAAGAGACUCCACGCAGAGAAUCUCGAGCACCAACCACUUCCGGACAAGGUCGACGACUCUGUUUUCAAGAUCCCCACGUCGGGAGGAUCCUGUCGUCGAGUCUCGUCGGGUGGACGUUGCGACUGUUGCGACAAAAAAUCGAAAGACCGCGCCAACGGACGUUACGGACCAACUUUGGGCUGCAAGGAGCCGAAAACGAAGAUGGAUCUGGCGAUCUGCUGGGAGACUCCUGUGGAUCCUGUCUACGAACCGCCCAGACCAGCUCAUAUCGAUGGCUCCGAGGGUGGACCAGCUCCAGCCAUCUUCACGCGAGUCGAACGUGCCCCGAACUCCGCAACGUCUCUUCGUUCGGGGGUCGCGAAGAACGGGGAACGUUGUCAGAGUCGAUGCAAGACGCGAAGAAAGUCGGAUCGCCUCGAGAACAGAGAUGCGGAUCGAAAAGUGUGUUGCUGCGAUUGUCUUAGCAGGGAUCUGAAGAACGUGAGGAUCGCGAACGAUGACCGAAUCGAGAAACGACCCAAGAGAACGUCCUUCAGAAGGUGUAUGGCUUGCGAGCCGAGGAGCUUCGAGGAUGAUCCCAGACUGAUAAAGUCGGCCGUCGGUUUGGCGUUGGGCCUCGAGAAGGGUCAGAACGAUCAACGGAGAAACGAUUCGAAGACGACGGUGCCUAGGCCCAAGACUCCUUUUGCUAGGAGAUCCUUUCGCAUCGAUAGCUUGUCUCCUCCGUUCAGCGUCGUAAACGGAUCCAGAAGCGACGAUUAUCCAGAACACUGGAGACUCAUGUCGGUUUACCAACAGUCUUACAAAAAUCCAUAUAGACGGAGGACCUCGUAUCGUUGAUGCAAGAAAUUUACUUUUGGAAUGGCGACUCGAGCGAUCAAGAUAAAUUGUUACUAGUUAAAAUUAGUUUCAAUUGUUUAUUUAAACGUUUCGAAACAAGAUAGAUCUAACGCUCUACAGCGGAACAGUUC